AUAUGGCGCUUUCAUGAAAUCCUUUUGUGCACUUCCCCUUGCUGCGGCCAUCAUGAACAGGCAAUUCCUAUGCAUCCACAGGGUCUUUCACCAGAGUUGAACACUUUGGCUGAUAUCAGAGCGAUUGACCGGUUCUGCGAGCCUCCGACACACAGGCUGAGCGCUAAUGUGCGAUAUUCUAUGGUCGGAUACUGUCAAAGACUUCAGGCAAGAGAAGAUAUACGAAGCUUCGUUCAUAAUCACGUUCUGGGUUGUUCCUACUUCUUAACCAACAAAGCCCCCGUCUUGAAGUACGAGAGCAACGUGAUGAACAUUCGGCAGUUUAACCACACGCUUCAUCCGUACUGGCUACCUGACUUUAUGAACUUGUUUACUUGGAGUUUUCCCUUUGUGGGAGAGAAAAAUACGGAGGAGUUGGUGAAGAUUUCAGAACUCAAGUGUAUAUCUGGUUCUAGCAAGUUGCCAUAUGGCACGCUAGCGUUGAGUACAGAGGGUAUUCAAGAUGCCAUUUCUGACUUCGAGGAUGCGUACACGGAAGUCAGACAUCGAAAUGAACGCCUCCCUCUAGAACUGUUUGAUGCCGAUGAGGCAAAGGUUUUCCUGGCCAAAGCACAUUCUGGGUCACUACUGACGACCCCAGCAGACAUCAUUGAGUCCCCUGUGUCGUGCGGUGGAGCCAUCCCUGAGCAGUGGGCAGAUGUGUUCUCCGCUGACCCCAUUCAACACGCCAUUCAAGGGCAGGCAUGGUCGGCAGGCUUCACUUGGGACUCCGAUGACGAAGCGCCGGAGUUUGCUAACGAUGCUCCUCCACCUACUGCCGCCUUUCAAUACUACACACCUGUUAGCAUUCCCCGCAUUCAACUCCAUCUCGUGUCCUCCUUGUUCAACAACCUCUGUCACAGGGUCACUCAUACUCAUGUCAUACGCACUCACCUCGUGCACCUGGGGGUCGCGGCUACCUGA